ACCAGUCGACCAGAUUUUUGCCCUGUUUUUGCUGAGAAAUGGGGAAAAAAAAGCAUCACCACAGAGAUAGCAGAUCACGAUCACGUUCAAGAAGUCCUUUCAGAAGACGUGAUAGUGAAGAGAAACCUCAUCGCAGACGUCAUCGAUCCAGUUCAGACGAUAGCAGGGAUCACUCUCGGAGAAGAGCACAAGUCCAGAAGCAGGAGAAAGUCUCACUCACGAAGUCGCUCUAGGGACAGGCGGACUAGGUCAAGAGACAGAAAACAUCGAUCUAGAGACAGAAAAAGUCGUUCAAGAGAGAGAAAACAUUCUCGAGAAAGAAGGUGGAGUCGAUCAAGGGACAGAUAUCGUAGGAGCAGGUCCUAUGAUAAGUCCUCAAGGCAUCGCCGUAGUAAUUCUAGGGAGAGAAAAAGGUCCAGGAGUGGAGAGAGGCAAACAAGUGAGGCCACACACACUGACACUCGUCAAUGCUCUCAAAAAGAAGAAAAGCAAGAAGACAACAGAGAUUUAUCCAAGGAAAUACCUGGUUAUGAGAGUCUGACACCUGCUGAGCGAAUCAAGGCCAAGAUAAAGUUGAUGGUGGAGAAAUCAAAAAUUCCUCAGCCUCCUUCUGAAACUUUUGUCCCUUCUCCUUCCCAGCUCGCAAGUAUAGAGAGUGAUGCUUUUGAGCAAGUGAAUUUCUCAUCCACACGGGCCACAGGAAAUUCACAGGGCUCAUCGAUUGGCCACGAUUCAUCAAGUGGUGGCAGGUACAACAGCACAAGAGUAGAUGCCAGUGAGUACGCUCCUCAAGUGGUGGAGCUAAGCAGCCUGAGCCACGAGCAGGAGAGCCCCUUUUCCAUUGACACAAAGAAAGAAGUAUUGGUCCCUGAGGAGGAACGAAAAACAAAAUGGCUGAAAAAACUGCAACUUUUGAGAGAAAAACAUGGACAUUAGUUGAUUCACGCUCUUUACAUGUUAAUAUGUCUUUACAUGAAAUAAUCUGAACUCC